AUGGCAUAAGCUUAAGCAUUAGCUGGAGAGAAUUAUGAAUUUAAAGCUGCUCCAGAAGUUGUGAAACCAAAACCUAAAUACAGAUAAUAGCCUUUGUAAUCUUCAGAAGAUUAAAAAAAUAGGUUGGUAAAUAAUAAUUAUAUUAAGUUCAUUAUUAGGAUGCAAUAUUAUGUAUGAUAAAAGAGUUGUUAGAGGAAAUACUUAUGCAAGUGUAUAAACAUUAGGGGAUAAGAAAUUAAUGACACUUAAAUCAUUCAAAAAACCAUAAUAAAAAGCGGUUACAUAUUAAAAUAAUGAUAAUAGACUUAAUAACCAUAAACAACAUAUUUACAUCCUAGUACUCCUAGACCAUUUUAAAAUCGCGUUAAUAUAGAUAUCUAAACUGAUGAAUAUUUAGAAAUAUUGAGAGAUAAACCACCUGAAUAAGAAAUGGAUGCAUAAACAGACUAUUAUAUAGAUAAACCACCUGAUAGAUUAUUUGUUCCAAAGAAGAAUGGUAUUGAUAAAGUAUAAAUACCUAAAAUAGUAAGGAAACUUAAAUUUGGGAAGGAGAUCUUUUUGAUUUUGAUUAGGAAGUAGAACCAAUUUUAUAAGUCUUAAUGAAUAAGAUAUUGGAAUAAUCAAGAAUGGAAGUUUUAGAAGAAGAAGAAAUUAAAUUAAUGAAGGAGUAAUAGAAAUAACAUGAAAGAUAAAAGACUUCUGUUUUAUCUGAAAUGCAACGAUUAGAGGCUGUUUAAUAAAGAUUAGAUUAAGAGGAUGCAAGAAGAAAAUUGCAAUAUGAAACCUUUUUAAAAAUAUAAAAGUAGAGUCAUUAAAAAAUUGUAUGCAGAAAUCUAUCAAAAUCACUUAUAAAUCCUCUUAAAUAAAAUAUAAUUAAAAAAUUAUAAGACUUAGGUGUUUUUCGAGAUCCAUUAGAAACUGCUUUAUUAUAUGAGUAUAUUCCAUGGGUUUAUGAUAAUGUGUUAAGUUAAUUAGUUGAUGAAAAUGAUAAUUAUACUAAUUUUAAUAGUAAUUCAUUAAGAUUAUUAAGAUAUGUUAAAUAAUAUCGAAGAAAAUAUUACUAUUGAGCAUUCAAAUUCAUUAAAAAGAAGACAAUAACACAUAGAUGACAAAUAUGAAGAAAUUGCUAGAAAAAAGAGAGAGAAGAUUGAAAAAAAAAGAAUGGAAGAGGAAAGACGUCUUAAAGAAAUUGAAGAUUAAAGAUUAGCUGAAGAAGAAGCUGUUAGAUAGGCAGAAUAAGAAAAAUUGGAUUAGUAAUAAGAAAAUUAAUAAUAAUAAUUAUAAUCAUGA